AUGACGGGCGCCAACAGCUGGGCGUCCCUCGAGGCGCGCUACGGAAAGCUCUUCCGGACGCUCACCUGGGUGGCCUUUAUCCCCGCCGUCCCCAUGCUACUUGCCCACGGCUUCAUGUCCAAGAAUGCCGUGCCGGUCGCCGGCCUCGUUCCGCAGUCGCUCUCCACCGUCGCGGGAAUAUGGCUCCUCCGCCGCAAGAGCAAGGCCCCCGGCGAGACCGGCGGGGAGGGCGGCGGCGGCGACCGCCUCAUGAGCUCUGUCGAACAUGCCGUCGAGGACGGCCUCGAGGAGGUCGAUUCUCUUAGUGAGAAGUUGUCCCACCCGUUUCUUGUGUUUGCCUUUGACAUAGCGAUUGCUGCGGGCAUUAUGGUUGUCCUGGUGUAUACGUGGAAGUCAUCGAGCACAUCGGCGGCGCUUAGCAUGCUCGCCGCAUAUGCGACGAUUCCCCUGAUUCUGAGCUUUAUCUCGCAUGUUGCCCUCGCUUUCGCCGCGCUCUGGGACGGCCUCGCCAUCCACGGCCACAUAAAAUGGGCCGCCGCGCGUGCCAUUGACUCGGACUGCCCCAACUGCAGCCACGGUCUCUGGCCCGAACGCCCGACGAUGCCCUGGUCGCGAUUCUUCCAGAAGAAGACCUCAGUCUCGUACGCCCCCGUCUUUACGGACGGAGCCCAGUCAUACCACUCGGAGGACGAAGACGACCAUGGAAUGCAGGGUUACGGUAUUGGGCCCGAGGCCAUUGAAGUUUUGCCCAAGAAGAAAUGCAAAAAGGCGCCGACAGUCGUUGACGAGACUUCGGCUCUGUUGGAGUAA